CUUUGCAUUCUUGCGACAGACUUUGGCAAAACGAAUCACUGAUGGUGGUGGAGAAACUCUAUUUGAACUAGGUCACGAAGACGAUGGUACUCCUAUGCAGUUGACGAAAGAAGAAUAUGAUACAUGUUUACGGACAAUGGAUAGUAUAGCGAAAGAAUUACAGGCUGAUUAUAUAGAUAUCGACACUUUGGUGACCACGGAUGACAAGCAAAACGAUAAAAAGAAAGAUAAUAAAUGUGGCCACCUGAUGAUUCGAAAAAAGCCAACAUCAGUGGAAGAUCUCCUUGAAAUUCGUGUUGCUGUGGUUGGGAAUGUGGAUGCUGGUAAAUCAACUUUAUUAGGUGUUUUGACCAAAGGAAUCUUGGAUGAUGGACGAGGGAAGGCACGUGUGAAUUUGUUUAGACAUCCACAUGAAAUAGAAUCAGGGCGAACAUCAAGUGUUGGUGGUGAGAUCUUGGGAUUCGAUUCGAAAUCAAAUACAAUUGUACAUCCUGGAAAUACUGGACGGAAAUUGACUUGGGAAGAAGUUUGCACAAAAGCCUCAAAAUUACUUAGUUUUGUUGAUCUUGCAGGACAUGAAAAAUAUUUGAAGACAACGGUGUUUGGUAUGACAGGCAAUUUUCCAGAUUUUGUCAUGUUGAUGGUUGGUGGUAAUGCAGGUGUGAUCGGAAUGGCAAAAGAACAUUUGGGAUUGGCUUUGUCUCUUGGUAUACCUUUAUUUGUCGUAGUCACCAAAAUUGAUCGCACUCCUCCUAAUAUAUUGGCUGAUACUAUCAAGAAUCUACGAUCUAUAUUGAAAUCAAAAUCUUGUCAAAAAUUCCCUUUACUGGUGAAAACAAAUGAUGAUGUGGUCAAUAGUGCGCAACAUUUUGUUAGUGCUCGUUUAUGUCCUAUAUUUCAAAUCAGUAAUGUGACAGGUGAAGGUUUGGAUUUAUUACGAAAUUACCUUAACAUUCUACCAUCCAUGACGAAAUACGAUACUACAGAAUCAUUUCAUUAUGAAGUCAACGAAACAUAUUCAGUCCCUUUUGUUGGAACAGUGGUCAGUGGUAUUAUCAAGACUGGCAUCAUUCAUGUUGGGGAUAAGGUAUUAUUUGGGCCGGAUCAUUCUGGACAAUUUAUGGUGACAACGAUCAAAGGAAUACAUCGAAAACGAGUAGCAGUACCAGUGGCCAAGGCAGGACAAAGUGUGACAUUUGCAUUAAAAAAUGUACGAAGGAAAAUGAUUCGAAAAGGUAUGGUCUUAUUGGCGUACGACAAGGAUAAACCCAUACCCAAAGUGUCUAGACGAUUUGAAGCGGAAAUACGUAUAUUAUAUCAUUCAACAACUAUUAAGCAAAAAUAUCAAGCCAUGGUCCAUUGUGGUUCUGUACGACAAACAGCAAGUAUUAUCAAUUUGGAAAACAGAGUACUUCGAACCGGUGAUAAAGCAGUUGUGCAAUUCGAAUUUGUUCGCCAUCCUGAAUAUUUAUGUGAAGGUUCAAAACUGAUAUUCCGUGAAGGAAGAACAAAAGGGAAAGGAACUGUGCUUCGUGUUCUCACUGACGAUUAAAAUAUCAUCAUAAUAGGAAAUUGAUAGUGUAGCAAUUUUUUUUUUUUUUUGAUGAUCGCCUAUCUGGGAAAUAAAAAUUUCAUUUUGGUUCUCUAUCUACUUUUUU